AUGGAGUUGACACUCACUCUUGUCUUGUCGCUGCUGGCAUGCAGAGGGUAUGCGGUCGUCACAGAUCCAUUGCAAUAUGUUGACCAACUGAUUGGCACGCAAGCUGGAGGCAACGUCUUCGCAGGAGCAAGUCUGCCAUAUGGACUGGCCAAAGCAUCUGCCGACACAGACUCUCAAUCGAACCAAGGUGGCUUCACCACAGACGGAGCGAAUGUUACUGGCUUCUCCGGAAUGCACGACUCCGGUACGGGCUCCUCGUCCCCUUCGCUCGGUCUCUUUCCCCUCUUCGCCUACGGAGAGUGCAAGAACGACACAAUCAAUGGCUGUGUGUUCCCGAAGAAAGCACGGGCAACGCCUUACAUCAAUGACACACUCAAAGCAUCUCCUGGGUUCUUUGGCCUUCAGCUCCAGAAUGGUGUGAAAGCUGAGAUGACGACAACUCAACACGCCUCUCUCUUCCGCUUCUCCUUUCCCAGUGAAGGGAGCGGCAGUCCAAUAAUUUUCAUGGACUUGACUGAUCUGUCCAACUCUCGCCAAAGCAAUGCCAGUAUUGCGGUAGAUGCCACUUCUGGCCGCAUGACAGGCAAUGCACGCUUCCUUCCCUCUUUCGGCGAGGGAGAUUAUGUUGCCUACUUCUGUGCAGACUUCCAAGGUUCUUCUAUUCGAGACAAUGGCAUCUUCGUCGACAGUCGCGGAAGUGCAGAUGUCAAAGAAGUUAAAGUCCCUGCAGGUAUUCGAAGUGGUACCGCCACCGUCCCGGCUGGAGCUUUCAAUCGAUUCAAGUCCAAGGACUCGGUUCUUGUAAGACUUGGGACAAGUUUCAAAAGCAGUGAGCAAGCGUGCAGUCUUGCCGAGGCUGAGAUCCCGGAUUACGACUUUCAAGGAAUACAGACUGCGGCAGAAGAUGCUUGGAGGGCGAAGAUGACACCCAUCAGUGUCUCUACUAACGGGGUUGACGAGAAGGCAUUGAAGAACUUUUACUCCGGCAUCUACAGGACGAUGAUGAACCCGCAGAACUAUACUGGGGUGGUACCUGAUGUGGAUGAGAACACCAUAUACUUUGACAGCUUCUACUGCAUCUGGGAUCUCUUCCGCUCUCAGCUUCCGUUCCUUACGGUUUUGGAUACACCGGCCGUCGAAGACAUGCUCCAGGGACUUCUCACGCUUUACAACAUUCACGGAUGGUUACCUGACUGCCACAUGUCGCUCAGCAAAGGGUAUACGCAAGGUGGCAGCAACGCCGAUGUCGUAAUGGCCGAUGCGUAUCAAAAGAUCAAUUCCAGCAAGAUCGAUUGGGGUUUGGUGUACGAAGCGGUGGUCAAGGAUGCCGAGGUUGAGCCAUACGAUUGGUGCUGUCAAGGGCGUGGAGGCCUCGACAGCUGGAAAUCGCUCAACUACAUCCCCAUUGAAGAUUUUGACUACAAGGGUUUCGGAACCAAGACCCGCUCUGUUUCUAGGAGUCUGGAGUACAGCUACAACGAUUUCUGCAUCUCUGUGCUCGCUUCAGCCCUCGGCAACAUGGCCGACACCGAGAAAUACUCUCUUUCCAGCGGCAACUGGCAGAAUCUCUACAAAGCAGACCAAAUAUCGAACAAGAUCAACAGUACCGAAUCGACAGGCUUCACUGGUUUCUUCCAACCCAAAUACCAAAAUAUGACCUGGGCGUUUCAGGAACCACUCAGAUGUUCCAAUAUCGACACAAACACCACUUCCAUCUGCUCGUUACAAGUGACAGCGGGUGAGACGUUCGAGAGUUCCAUCUGGGAAUACUCCUUUUACGUUCCACAUGACCAGGCAAAGCUGAUCAAGACCAUGGGGGGAGCGGAGACCUUCGUCAAAAGGUUGGAGUAUAUGCAUGACGAGAACAUCACUUACAUUGGGAAUGAGCCGAGUUUCUUGACGGUUUAUCAGUACCAUUAUGCUGGCCGUCCCGCCCUCUCCGCUAAACGCGCACACUUCUACAUCCCAGAAUUCUUCUCCCCAACUGCUGCAGGUCUUCCCGGAAAUGAUGAUUCAGGGACCAUGGGCGCUUUCUUAGCUUUUGCCAUGAUGGGGCUAUUCCCAAAUCCAGGUCAAGACGUCUAUUUGAUUACUCCACCCUUCUUUGAGGAUGUGAACAUUACAAGUCCAGUCACUGGAAAAAUGGCAAGGAUCAGGAAUGUUGGAUUCGAUCCAACUUACGAAGACGUCUAUAUUCAACGGGCAGAGUUGGACGGAAAGGAGUGGACGAAGAACUGGAUCACGCAUGACUUCUUCACGGAGGGAAGGGAGUUGGUCUUGUAUCUUGGGAAAAGCGAGAGUGAGUGGGGUACGAAGGUGGAGGACUUGCCACCCAGUCUGAGUGCUUAUGAGUGA